AUGGCGGUCUUGAACGUCCAAAUCAUCUCCAUCCUGGUGGCACUGCUCCAUCCAGUGGCAUGUGGGCAGUGUAGUGGUGCAGAGUGUGCGGCAGUGGAUGCCGCAAACGAUGCACGCCAUUCCUUGCUGCAAACAGCUACGGCUGAUCAUGUACAUAGGCCUGUCGCACCUGCAGCAGCACAUUCAGAAGAUCUGAAAGAGGUGGUCAAAAGCACCGCGCCACACGCAAACCUCCAGAUCAACACGAGCGCCUCGCACGUGUCCAACUCCAGCAAGGCCUGUGGGUGCCUUGUACAACAAUGGUCAUCCGCAAUUUUUACAAUUGGGGUGCUCUCUUUUGCCACAUGGUCCCAUUUAUGUUCUUUCGAAGCUGAGGAAACUGACUGGUGGAAGCUGUGCUCUCACCGGCAUUUGUGA